UGUGCCAUCCCAUGGGGUCAGCUCUCAGGGAUCUGUGCCUGCACCGUGCCAUGGGCGCUGCCAGCUUUUGCACUGCCUUUCCUAUCACUUCUGCUUUCACUUGUGCUUUGAGCACAAGCCCCAGCGUGCAGGCUCGGAGAAGCAGGGCAGUGGAAUAGCCACGGGACCAUCAUCCUGGUAAAGGAGCAGGAGGCUGAUUUCUGGGGUGCACACAGCCCCCUGGCCUCCGGUGUCAGCGUCACGUCCUCUUCUUGCAAGGCUCCAAAACCGCAGCCACAUUUCCUGCCUGCCUCACUGGGGAGUUGCAGGCGGAGCGCAGCCCACGACACCCCUGGGUUUGGGACCUCAGCAGCGACAGCCACCGGUGCUGCAGCUCGGGGUCCCUCAACAUCCCCCGGCACAGGUCCCAUGGCACUGGGCUACACUGUGCUGCUGGCACUGCUGCUCAGCACCCUGCAGGACUGCAGGCCCCGGCCCACGCAGCAGGACCUGCAGUGGGUCUGGGGGGCAGCAGAGAAGAUCCCGGCUGAGCCCCCGCUGCCCUUCCGCAGAAGAAGAGCUGAUGCUGGACCCCACAGCACCACUGUGAUGCCUGUUAGCAAUGAGAUUGCAUCCCCUGGGCAUGACAUGCUGAUGGAGCCGGAUAACAUCACUGGGCAGCCCAAACCUUUGGUGGUCACCACAGCAGGUCAAAUGGAUGACUCUGCUGAGCCUUAUGCACUGCUGGACACGGAGGCAGACAACACCUCCAGCCAGGCCUUGGUGCCGACCACGGCCAGUUCCUUGGGUAAGACCGAUUCCCCCCAGUCUCAGCUCUUGGGCACAAAGUCACCACCGCAGCCAGGCAACACCCCCAGGCAAGCCAAGGCCUCGCUGGUCACCACAGUGAAUCCAUUGAAUGAGACCAACACCCCUGAGCCCACUGUGCUGCUGGGCUUGGAGCUGACAUCAAAGAUGAACGACAGCACCAGCAAAGCCAAGGCCUUGGUGGUCACCACAAUGGAUCCUUCGGAUGAGACUGACUCUCCUGAGACAGCGCCCAGUACAGCACCCCAAAGCAGCAGCACCAUUGUGCCCAACCAGCUGAUGGAAUCCACAGGGCAUGGCACGGAUGGGACCGUCACCAGUGACACGGACAUCUCCACGGAGCCAGGCUCAGCUCUUCUCCCCACCACCACAUUUUCCAAAAAAACUGGCUCUCACCCUCCAUGGGAGGUGGACACAACACCUUUAUCCACGAAACCAUGGGGGACCACAGCGUCGGAGCCCUCCGAUGACCUGUGGGAUAACAGCUCGCUGAUGAACAAGUGCCUGCUGGCCAUCCUGCUGCUGGCACUGGUGGCCGGGCUCUUCAUGGUGUGCACGGCAGUGCUGGGCACCUUGCUUUGGCGGCGGGUGAGGACGGCUCGUCGGCAGCUCGGCCCCACCGAGAUGAUUUGUAUUUCCUCCCUGCUGCCCGAUAGCGAGCGUGCUGCCAGCAAUGGUCCCCGGCGUGGCAUCCCUGUGCGUCACAGGCUGCUGGUCGAUGCCAGCUCCGAAGCUGAUGGUGAUAACCUGACGCUCAGCAGCUUUCUGCCGGAGCAUUCCUGAAGCAUCAUGGUGAUGGAACAGCGUGGGGUCCGCUGCUGGUGCCACCACUGUUCGCCUUGGAACUGUAUGGAAAAGACUCAUCCACCCCAUUAAAAUGCCUCUGCUACACAGAUGCGGUGAUCUCUCAGUGCCUGCCCACAUCCCCAUCCUGAAAUAUUGCUUCUCCAUCCUCCUCCUCUGAUGGCAGCAGCAGAAAUGAAACCCUCCCAGGGUGCAGAGCGUAUGGAGAUGGUGAUCCCAGGGUUCCCAACCUCAUGCUGGGAGUGGAAAGGGUGGUGGUGCUGCAGUGGGUGUGUUUGUGGCUUAACAUGCUCCUGCCUGCAGUCAAAUGCAAUGGGGCAAGGGGAUGACACUGGGGCUGGUAGGGUGCUGCUGGCCUGUAUCCCAUACCCACAGGUGGUGGUUGUGGGCUCUUGGCCUUGUGUCCAGGGGGAGAAGAGGACUCUGGGACCAUGCUGGUCUCACCUUGUCCCAGUGGGGAGGUGUUGGCCAUCCCUAGAGUCAUCAACCCAACCUCUUCCCUGUGCUCAGCUUGGAGGAGUCACCCAAGUGAGCAAAAAUGGCUUACAUCCCUGCCCCACCAUAGGGCUGUGCCCCUGUGUCACCAUCCUGGUCCUCCAUGGGCACAUCCUUGCAUCCCCAUCCAUGUGCCAUUUGGGCACAGCAUCCCCACCCCUGCUCUUCCAGUCUCAACAUCACCAUCCCCAACGACUCCAUCCCCAAUCUCCCCAUCCCUGUCCCAGCUCAGCAUCCUGCUCCCACCAUCCUCAGCCCUCUCCCCCCGCCCUGUCCCCAUGUCCCCACCACCCUGCUCACACCACCGUUUGCAGCUGCAUUUGGGCAGCGAAGCCCCUCCCCAAGUGCUGUGCCCCAAUGCAUCCGUGCCUCGAAAGCAGAGGAGUGGCCAUCCCGCUCCCGCCCUGGCCUCUGUGUGUUUACAUUCACGCUCUGCUUUGAAUAUUUUCCACCUCGCUCAAUGUAAAUGUUUACGGUGAGGCUGCAGGGCCGGUGCAGCGGGGAUGGCGUGGUGGGGCCACCCCACAGCUGCUCUUCCAUAAUGACAGCUGUCUGCCAUCAGAUGGAUGUGGUGCCACGCUCCUUGCGAGGGACAGGGUGUAGGAUGGGAUGUCCCCAUGCCUUGAGCCACAACACAGGGCAGCGGCCAGGUUGGCUCCAAGGGCAGAACCGUGCUUGGGAUGCAGUGGCUGUGCACAGUGCUGGGCAGAGCACAGUGCUGUGUUGUGCAGGCUGCUUUGUGGCUCACUGCUGUGCUGCCCACAUGGCCACGCACGCUGUGGUGCAGCCCUGCAGGAUGAGGUUCCCCCCCCAGCUAUUUUGCUGCCACAGCAAAGAGCAAACCCAACGGAGCAAAUUACAAGCAGACCAAGGCCGAAAUUUCCCAAAUUGCUGGUUGGGCUCGGGGCUGUGCUGAGCCGAGCCCUGUGGGCCCCUACCUUUCAUCUGCCCCAAAUUACACAGCACAGCCUGGGCGGUGCUGCCCUGCCCAGUCCCCAAAAACAGCAUCGUAAUGGUCGGUGGGUGCUGGCAGAGGGACCACCCCAAAUUGUGCUCUUUGCAGACAGGGACAGUGGUUCAGUGCUCCCCAGUGCUGCUUUAUUCCAAAUCUCAUCACGGACCCAUGGUCCUUGAGACGAGGAAUGGGGACACAUGGCACGUAGUGGGGCCUUGGCUCCAUCCCAGGCUCUCCUCUCCCUUUUAGGAUUUGCAGAUAAUUUAAGGUCGGGAUAAAGCAGCAGCUGUGAGCAGCCGGCGGGCUGCAGGCAGACGGACAGAUGCAUUAUUUCUGGGAGAGAGGGGGUGACGCCGGGUGAAACCUGAACUGCGUCGGGGAUGGAAAUGGGGACAGGGACAGGAAUGGAGAUGCCCACCCUCAUCCCCCACCCUGCGGUCCCAAAGCAGUGGCUUCUUAGGGGGAUUCUGGCAGGGUCCCCAGGGAGGCGGGAUGCAAAUAGCAAGGGGAUGAGGUCACUGCUUGAGUUACUUCAGCUGCAAUGGAGGGGAUGAGGGGCCAAGAAGGGUGGGAUGGGUGAUGCCCUCAUUCUGGAGAUGUUUCUGCACCUCAAGGCCACAAUGUGAGCCAUCAAAAGUCUCGGGGAACCAAGCCCCAAACCCUCCUCAUCCCUGUCCCUGUCUUGGGCCCCAUCCCUAUCCUUAUCCCUGUGGAUCUCAGGGUAACACCUCCCAACUCUCUCUCUAUCCUGGGGACAUUGCUCUGCCACGGGAUGAUGGGAGCUAUGUGACAAUCUGGCCUCCAGGGAAAGGCCAAAGCUGAAAGGGGGUGGCAGAAUGGACAUCUUUGGUGUGCCUGGUGGCAGACAGGGUGGAUAGGGUGUAAGGGGGGAUGAGCUGGAGGUGAUGGAGGGAGUGAAUGAGGUGGAUGGUAUGGGUGGAUGAAUGGGAUGGAAGAGACUGAUGGGACUGAUGGGGUGGAUGGGAUGGAUGGGAUGGGUGAGGCAGGUGAGCAGAGCUCUGCGUGCAGUUUUGAUCCCCUUUUGUUCCAAGGCAGAUGCAUGAUCAUGCUUUGCAGGACCAUGUGUCCUGAGCCCACAUCA